CUUAGAGGUAGCUUGUAGGGGUGGAAAAUGUCUGGGUUCUUCUCACUAGGUGGUAAAGAUCAAGACCAAGAUCAGCAAACCGACACCAAUAAUAGCUUGUUCCUGUUCAAGAACGAAGAGAUCUAUAACAAGGGUUUUGAGCUAUGGCAGCAAUACUAUCAACUGCAUCAGCAAAGACUUCAUUCUUACCAGCACCAAACUCAGCACCUCAGUAUUCAAGAUGUGGACUUUUCUGUCGGCCCGAGUAGCAGCAGUAGAAGAAAUAACAACCUUAUCAAUAGCCUUGGUGAUGAGUCUUCCCAUUAUAGCUAUAGAUCAGCAGCAGGGUUUAGGGUGAUGCGGCAAGGGAGAGGUGGAAACGAAGGAAUGAACUGCCAAGAUUGCGGGAACCAAGCCAAGAAAGAUUGCCAGCAUUUGAGGUGCAGAACUUGCUGCAAGAGCCGCGGCUUUCAGUGCCAGACCCAUGUCAAGAGCACGUGGGUUCCGGCCGCCAAACGCCGCGAGAGGCAGCAGCAGCUCGCGGCCUUGCAGCAGGAUCAUCAUCAGCAGCAGCUCACUACCAGAGGGGAUCAAAAUCCUAAGCGCCUCAGAGAGAAUCCUGGUGGUGGUGGUGCGAGUUCCGCUCUUGCUUGCACUACGUCGCGUUUGCCUGCUACGACAUCAGGGUUUGAGUUGGGACACUUCCCACCAGAAGUGAAUUCUCCAGCAGUGUUUCGCUGUGUGAGAGUGAGUGCAGUGGAUGAUGCGGAGGAGCAUCUGGCUUAUCAGACGGCUGUCAACAUCGGCGGGCAUGUUUUCAAGGGAAUUCUCUACGAUCAAGGCCCGGAAACCCGGUAUCCACCUGGUGGUGGGGGAGAGAGCUCCUCCGGCGGCGGAGGAGGAGGAUCCCAACAGCAGCCACUCGAUUUCAUUGCCGCCGCGGCAGCGACAUCAUCCGCCACCGCCACCACCACCACCAGCAACCCGAAUAUCACGAUGCUAGACCCGUCACUUUAUCCAACUCCUCUCACCGCUUUCAUGGCGGGUACGCAAUUCUUCCCACCACCAAGACAUUAAGAAGUAGAAUUUACCUCU